AUGGAAGCACUUAAAUUAAUCCCAGUUUUAUUCUCAAUAUCAACAUUUAAUUGCACAGUUGAUUAUUUCAAUGAAUUGAAAUUAGGUGACAAUUACAAGCCAUUAAAUGAUGUUGUGGAUAUUUGUGCAAUCGUUAGAAGCGACAAUCAAAACGAUGAAGAUUUAAGGAAUAAUGUUCAUCACUAUAUCGAUAAAUGUGAACAAAAUAUAACAAAAGAAGACUGCAAAUCGACAAUGCAUGAAUUGCUGAAAAGCUUUGAAAAAGUUGUAGAAGAGACGGCACGUGACAUGCCAUUGGAAGAGCGAUUUGUUGAUGGAAAAUUACCGGAAGAGCCUCAAAAUUGCUAUGCAGACACAAAAUUCUUAAACCCCACCCAUCUAGCCCAAAACUAUAAGUUUGAUGAUUUCUUCACAUUAACUACAAAUGAGCUUAAAGAUUGUUUUGUUGCCAAAGUAGAGCAACAACAGCUGCUUCCACAAUUGAUUGGUAUUGAAUUUUCGUAUGCAUUGCAGUCAGAACAAUUCAAUGUUGAUGAAACAAAGAAGAAAUACAUUCACUUGAUGAAAUCGAUGGACUUAUGUGCACUUGAAUGUUAUGCACAAAUAAAAUUCGACUAA